AUGAAGACGAUACUCUCUUCGGAGACCAUGGAUAUACCAGACGGGGUGAAGAUCAAGGUCAAAGCAAAAAUGAUUGAAGUGGAGGGUCCGAGGGGAAUACUGACGCGAAACUUCAAGCAUUUGAACUUGGAUUUCCAGCUGAUCACCGACGAGGAAACUGGGAAGAGGAAGCUGAAGGUGGAUGCAUGGUUCGGGUCGAGGAAAACCACCGCAGCCAUCCGCACUGCUCUCAGCCAUGUCAAUAACCUGAUUAACGGCGUUACUAAGGGAUACCGCUACAAGAUGCGUUUUGUAUAUGCUCACUUUCCGAUUAAUGCUUCUAUUACUAAUGGUAACAAGUCGAUUGAGAUUCGUAACUUCCUUGGAGAGAAGAAGGUUAGGAAGGUGGAAAUGCUUGAAGGAGUUAACAUUGUUAGAUCUGAGAAGGUUAAGGAUGAAUUGGUUUUGGAUGGAAAUGACAUUGAGCUUGUUUCUCGAUCUUGUGCCCUGAUAAACCAGAAAUGCCAUGUGAAGAACAAGGAUAUCAGGAAGUUCCUAGACGGUAUCUAUGUCAGCGAGAAGGGAACCAUAGUUGAAGAAGAAUGA